GAUGGACCUUUCACAUCGUAUAACGGCAGUAUGCAGCAUCGUGAACAACAAUAUGUUGCAUGGAUCGAGAUAAAUGUUCACGCAUAAACCGAUUUGCGACGAAUUCUUCGUCGCAUUUUCUCAUUUCGAACGGCACGCACGGCUCUGCAAUAAAGAAAUUUAGAAAGACGAAGUUGAGAAGUACUUUCUGUGUCUCCAAAGACAGGUCAUCGGUUGGACGCGCUCCGAAACGUCCUGUCAAUUUUGUGUAAUCAGAAAACAGCUGAUCAAAGUUAUUCGUGUGUGAAUAAUUAUAAGGAUUCCCUGCACAAUGAAUCACGAAGGUUCGAAACAUUGAAUGACGGGGCCCUUUUCCGACAUACGCUUCUUUCUCCCCGUCUGCCGAUGCGUCUUUGAAGAAUUCCACGCAGAUACAAAUCAAUGUUUGCUCCACGAAAAGCAUCUCAAGGAAGAAUCGAAUUAAGUAUCUGUGCGUGAGUACGGUUCGUUUGGCCAGUCAGAGACAUCGACCAGCAACAAUUUCCACGUAAUUGUCGUAUAUUUACGAGCCAGCAUCAUAAAAGAAGAUAAUGCGGCAAACGAGCGAUAAAAAGUAAUCGCUCGAAUAUACCAUAGGAGUCCUGCAGGGAUAGAAUGUUAACACUGGAGAACGUGGAAUGCAAAGAUUUUUCAAAAGGCACAAUGGAAGAUGAGGAAACUAGGGAAGGUAGAAUCGAUGGAGAAAACUAUGAAAAGAACAAGUAUCAGAUAGCGGGUGAACAAAUACUUGGCGCGCCUCUUUUGUCCUCGGAAGAUGAUGAUGAUGAUGAUGAGGAGGACGACGACGAUGAUAUCGAAUCUCAGGAGAACGAUGUAUCCUCUGGGCUACUUUCUAUGGAGAAUGACUCCGAACUAAAUAGCGAGUCUACUAUUGCAAAUUGGAACAAUCUUAAAAUGGAGUCACCACUUUCGUGUAUGAAUUCUGCACCGAACAGUAAAGAAUUUUUUCUAAUAACUCAAUUAGAAUCGGAUAAUGCACUGAUGACAAAGAAAUUGUCCAGCAAACGUUCUAUGACUAACAAGAAAUCUAAAUCGCAGCAUCGUUCUAAAAGACGCAACAAAGUAUUAUUCUUAAGAAAGUUACUGCCUAAGCAUGAGCCGAUAGUCGAAAUAAAAGAGGAAGAGCAUUCGAUCAUUUCUCCAGAUGAUCACAUGUCAUCUAUGGAAGAAAUAGAUUACGAGGGAUAUGGCAUGGAUGAUAAUGUCACAGAUUCUAAAGAUAACAUUGGUCGGAUACAAAAUUUCACAUCUCUGCCUUUGUAUUAUUCAGAGGAUGGUAAACCGUACCUAAAAUGUUCAGCAUGCGGUGCAAUAUUUUUCACUUCAAACUCGUUCGAGAAACAUUUGUACACGCACAUGUACGAGGAAGAUGAUACUUUUGUAUGUUCCUUCUGUGACUACACGAACACCGAACCAGGAAUGCUAUUUACUCAUUUAUCCAAACAUCAAAAUCAGUGUGAAUUUUGUAAUGAGAACUUGUUACGUAAAAAUAAUUUUGAGAAACACUGGGACAUACGAGGGUCUAAUUUUACUAUGAAACGAGAUCACCAGGGAAGAUUUGUAUGUAUAAUGUGCAAGUUAGUGUUUGAUUUGUUGCCACAAUUGGAGAAACAUUGGCUCAAACAUGCUUGUAGAAGAGAACGAACCUAUCAAUGUAAGGAAUGUAGCGGAUUGUACGAAAGCAGAGAGACGCUAAAAAAUCACAAAUGCAUGAAGUGUGCAAUCUGCGGAAAAGUCUAUGACAGUUUGCAUAGAUUAAAAACACACACCAUGUGGACAAAGCACAAUUUAAAGUGUCCAAUUUGUUCUUACGAAUUUAUUUUAGCCAUGGAUCAUGAAAAACAUUUGGCGCUACAUAGACAAACGUUCAGUAACAUGAAAGAUUAUCUCCACUGCCUGCAGGCGGCUGACGGAAAAACAUUCCAAUGCAAUCUUUGUGACAAAAUAUUUUAUGCCUUACCUUCUCUUGUGCUGCAUCUCCAGGAAGAUCACAGCGUUCCAAAUGUCAAGCAAGAAGUACAGACCGAAGACGGAUAUAACGACGAUCGAAAAGAGGAAUCUAUCAGCGAGAUGUUACUCCGCCAAUUGAAAGAGCAAACUGCAAAUUAUGCGAAUAAAAACAGUAAUAUAAACACUUAAAAGUUGAAAUUCCAUAAUGCGCUAUGAUUUUAAGAUACUAAUACCGGCUGAAGUAGAAAAAGAAAAAUGAAUACAAAUGAUAUGUAAAGGAUCUGAGAUUAAUAUUUAAGAAUUAAUUGUAAUAAUAAAAUAUAAAAUGUGCCGUUGACAAGGAGGAUCAGUCACUCUGUAGUAUAUAUUAAGUACAAUUAAACAUGACUGGCGAUGAACAACUUAUAAAUUAUUAAUAGAGCAUGUAUUCGAUAUUAUCUGAUCAAAAAGUUCUCCAAAUAAACUGUAUCACAGUUUCACCUCACUUGACACAGGGAUGAACAUAUAUAAUUGUAUAUUUUUUUAGCGGUCGUGUAAGAUACAGAAUGUCUCUCGCUUAACCGGACACUAAAUAUUGUCACAGAGUCGAUAAUAUUACUUUAAGAAUAUAACUAAGAAUCUCAUGCGAAUACUCGGCGCGCGGAACUUUUUCGAUCAGAUAGCGAGGUAAUUUUCUAGCGAUCACUUGAAACAAUGUAAUCACAGUGUCAUACAUUUUCUGUGUUUUGUAUUAGAGAGAGAUGUAAACAUUAAGCUAAAUCUGAUGUUUGUAUAUUUGGCUGUAUCAUGUCUGCCCCUAUGUAUCGAGAAAGCAAUACAGAGCUAUCAGUCCUGCUGUGUAGCAUAGAUUAAUUUAUUAUUCUACCUAAUUAUUAGACUUCAGAUCUUACGCUUUCAUAGAAUAUUCUAUAAGUCUACAGAAUGUAGUAAAACGAUUGUACUGCCGAAGUUUCGGCAAAAUUCAAGCUAUUAUUAAAAGAAAUCAAUUUAGAUUAAUUUCCAAUUUUUACCAAAUAAAGCAGAAUGAUCUAUGUCCGCAUAAUGAUCUGUGGUCUACCGAUUACACUUCAUUACAUGUGUCCGAACAUGUUUGUAACAUUUUCAUGCACUUGCGACUUUCUAUGGGAUUUUAUUUAGAAGUGCGCAGUUUCGUUUUAAAAUUACUGCACAAUUGUCCGGGGUAAACAUGAUACGACUAAAGUUUUGAAUGACUGAAAAAACGUUUGGAGUUCGCUGUUCGUAUUAGUUUUAUGAGUACUGGUAGAAUUUCAUAAAUACAUCGGUAAAUCUUACGGGUUACAAUCAUUCGUAAGUCUGAUCAUCGGUAGGUCUGUGUAAUACGCACAAUAGCUCGCAUAAAGAAUUAGAUCUCUUAACUAUCCUCUGUGAAAAAUAAAUAUCCAUGAGUAGUAACAUUUUA